AUGAACCGUCAGAUGGUGAGAGGCACGCAUGUUGAGCCGAAGGUAUUGGCACGGUUUUAGAAUAUUAUUAUUCUCAAUUGUGCCUUUUCUUUGAUGAACUUAUACUAUUUCAAACUAUUGAUACGCUAUAUGGCGGUAACAAGGCUGAGUUGGAAACGGUUGGUUCGUCGAGUUUGGUAAAAAACGAGGUCAGGCUCAGACUAACGUUAAGUUAGCCCCUCCUGGUGGAUUUUGUUCCGUUAUUUUUUUCUAGAUAAAGACCACAAAACAAGGCAGAUAACAAUGUCGUUGACUGCUUCGUCUGAUUAUUUCGCUGCCGAGUGUCUGGUAUCGAUUUCCAGCGGUCCGGUGCUGCACAGACCCACCCCAGUCGCCCCUGCCACUCAGUCGGCGACUGUGGGCCUGCUCCCUGGAGACCCCGACGGGUCGAGUGAGGACAGGGAAGUGCGGGAGACACUGAGGCUGGAGGGGGCGAACAUGAUGGCGGUGGCCGGUAUCCUCACCGACCUGCACGGCAAGUUCCGCCCCAUGUCUGCCUAUUCGGAAAGCAGCAACUCCUCGUGUGGUGGAGAGAGCGGUUACACCACGUUGUCCGACCCGACCACCCCUACCAUGACCCCCUCCGCCACCCCGGUGCCCGGACAGCAGCUAAGGGGAGGAGGAGGCGUGGGGGCCCCGCGGUCCCCGGUGAAGCGACAUCAGUGCACUUUUGACGGAUGCGACAGAGUUUACGGGAAAUCGUCCCACCUGAAGGCACACAUCCGGACACACACAGGUGAGAGGCCCUUCCCAUGCACUUGGCCUGACUGUGAGAAGAAGUUUGCCCGCUCUGAUGAGCUCGCCCGCCACACCCGCACCCACACAGGGGAAAAGCGCUUCCUGUGUCCACUGUGCGAUAAGCGCUUCAUGCGCAGCGACCACCUGAUCAAGCACGCCCGCCGCCAUCCUGACUUCCAGCCCUCAAUGUUGGGCCGCUACAAGGGCACAUCCUCCACUCCCAGCUCAGCCGCGCACCAUUAAGAUGGUUUGGGUUGGGGGUUUCCUGGCAGGAGCACAGAAGGUCACAGUGGUUUCAAGUUAACCAGCUACAGUCAGAUCCAAUAAUUAGGAUUUAGCAUUGCUGUGUUAUACUCCAAAAUGUGCACGUAAUAACACAUACAUACAAACAACACAGCCCACACAAAGCUGGAUGUGAGGGGGGGGGGAGCAGCUUCAUCCCUCCAUCAACACAGAUGAGUCGUGACCACUAUCCACCUGCUCAACAAAACUAGGGUUGGGUAUAGAGAACGCUCCAAAUCUAUCUAAGUGGGGAUUGGUUAAGAAAUGUGCUUUUCGAUUCCAUUUAUCGUUUCCUGAAAGCAAAGUUUGAACCUACUGCACUUCAUCUUACAUUGCCAGUUACGCAUGUAUCGAAGUACGUGUAUAGUGUUUACAAUAUGACGAACUGGAGCUAGGUUUCAAAAGUUUAGCUAUGCUUCACAGAAGACAGUAAUGAUGCGGUGAAAUGUAAUCACUGUGUGAAAAUGAAUACAUGCAAGGAAAGAAAAUCUGUCUCAUAUGACAACACAUUUACUACAGAAUCUAAAAAUGCAUUUUUUUAUGUCCUGUAUCAUGACAUAGUGCCAUUAAAUUACCCUUUUUAUAGUUCAAAUAACCGGAUAGGAAUGUCUGUUUUUGGUUAGUCCACUCAAUUAAAUACAGGGCUAAGCAAGGUACUUCAUCACAUUGAUGCAAAAUUCUGCAAAAUCAUUUAUGCCAUAAAACAGCCCCAGCGUUUAAUGCUUUUGAAAGCAUAAUCAAAUCUAAAACCAUACAACUUUUUGAUAGCAUAAGAGAGUGAUAUUUAUGGUUUUCUUUCGUUUUUAAUACAAAAAAAAAAUCUUUGGCGCAGCCUAAAGCUUGAAUAAAUGUGUUUUUUUACUUUCAACAUGCUUUGCUUUCUUUUAACUCAGGAUUCGAUUAGAAUGGGAAUCGUUAAGCAGAUUUGAAUGGAUAAAAUGAACCCAACCCUAAACAAUAACCUCAUUUCUCAAACACUUUAACAAAUUGCAGGGAUUUUUCACAUUUUCUGUAAACUGCACAUUCAUCAUCAGCCAAAACUCUCGUUUCUUGUGGUUUAUUUGUAGAUUGUUAUUGUGCUCUUCAGUACCAUUUAUUUACCAUGAGUAGCACAAAAUUGUGAUGUUUGGUAGCAAGGCAGUGACUAGAAGCCUUUAAGCUUUUUUUUAAAAAAAAAUUUAUAGCUUUGCUGACUCCAUAUAAGUUUUAGUGGUGACACAUUCCUUCAUUUUUAUUGCAUUGGUAACCAUCAUUGAAGCAAUUUUGUAAUGUUUUCUUUAUACCCAAUUUAACUAUAUAUCAAAUAUUGAUUUUGCCAGUAAGUGAAUCAAGCUUCACUGUAGAAGAGCUGUUUGCACGCCAUCCUUAAGUCUAGAUCAGUUAUCCCCCAUAAAUGCUGACACAUAAUACACAGUACUCGUAUUAUGUCUAAUACUGAUGCAAAUGUAUAUAAGCUUUUAAUGUAGAUAAAUGGUGAUGCUACUAGCUGCAGAAUUAAUAAAUGUGAUGAAUUUUAGUCCUUAUAUUAGGGGUAACAGUAUACUCUUGAUAGGUUGGCAUUGCCUAUGAGUGUCGGUGUGUAUGUGUUUUUAUUUACAUUUUUGUUAGCGACAGAACUUGGGAAAGUAUGCGAUAUCAAAAUAUUUUGAGAGGAAAAAUAGAUGGCAUGAGAGGAGCUUGACUUGCAGCCCGUUGCCUUCAAAGUUCACGGUUUGACUUUCAGCAGCAGAUAAACCAGGAGUCUUAAAUGUAAAUCCUACUACUACUCUGCUCCCAUUCAGAAAAUUCUUUGAUGGAUGUGCACAUUUUGACUUGUCAAGCAACAAACAGCGCAAGGUGCAACUAAUAUAAAUAAGUUAAUGAUGGCUCUUUUCUAUGGAGGUGGUGUCAUUGAACCAGCAGGCACUUGUAAAUGUUAUUUGUCAGACUUGGGUUUUGACAAGUCAAAAUGUCCACUGAUAAAGAAACAUUACUAUCUAUAAAUGCGGAUUUGUUAAACUGUUUAGUACAUUUAAGUCAACGGGCACCUAAAUAUUCCCAUAUGCCAAAAAAAUAAUCCUCAUGUAUUUAAAAAUAAAAUCUGAUAAAAUAACAUACCGGUACAUGAGCAAACCUCAAGAAAUUUAGAUAUUUCAAAUCUAUUUGAGUACAAACAGUAUCCAGGUCUGAUAAUCUUAAUGUUAUUUUUUAUGUUUCCACACUGUUUGUCCAGCUCAUGGACAUAUUCUUUAUCUCAGUGAACAACACUUAAAGCCUUAAACUAUGUCAUAUCUACUUUGCGCCAUGUUUACAGUUGAAUCAUUGUAUAGGUCUAUAUGCCCUCCUGUGGGCUCAUCACAGAUACUCAUUAUGCAAUAUGGCACUUUUUUCUUAUAGGUGUAUAUGGCUGAAUAGUGUAAUGGCUUGCACUGUAUAUGCUUCUACAAGCAAGCGCUGUGGAACUUGUUGAUGGUUUGUAAAACUGCCUUUUUGUCCAAGUGCUUUAGAAAGCGUGAUACAAGAAGUGGGUAGUUUUUUGUUCCUGGUCUUUUUUUCUUUUCUCUUUAUUUUAGUGUUGGCUUAGUCAUCCAGACCAUUUCUUGGUGUAGAAUUUGUAUUUUUUAUUUUUCUAAAUGGAACACGCGUCAUUGUUGUUUCCAGCUCUGUCAACUUUGUCUUCUUCCCACUAAGAUUACAGAUGUCUUCCUCAUUCAUAUGUCAAACCAUCUAUGUACCAAUUCGCUGUUGAUCUCAUUUUCGUAGGAGCUGCACUCAUGAAUGCGAUGCUUUGAAGUUUUUUACACAUUCCUUCUUCAGAGCUUUGAUCUGUUGACUGUUUUUGGUUUCUGCUGGCAGUAACCACGAACACAUGGACUGUUUAACAAAGGAACACACACAAUAUACUUGUAUUUUACAUGUACAAAUGGAAACAUUUACCUCUCACUGAUGGGCGUGACUUCUCACACUCUGUCCGGGUCUCAAAGUUCUAUCACAAUAAGAACACACUUAACUGAUUGUCUUUUAUCGUUGUCUUUACAAAAUCCAUCCAACCUGUCUUUCAGAAAGUCCCAUAAAGCCAUCAAGCCUUGGAGUUCAGAACUUGGUUAUCAGCUAGCUCGCCUGCUAUGCACCCUUGUCCUUAUCUUGUCUUUAUAUGCAACAUCACUACUACCUGUGUAGCAGCAGAAUUUCCUUUUCCAUGCCUCAAUGAACUGUUGUUAAUAGACCGUAGCAAAUGAAUCUCUGGGAUAAAUCCAGGCUCUGUCAUUAAAGCCCAGCAGUCGGUUUUGUUAUCAAGAGAAAGACUCACUGCUGCCUCAGGCAGAGGCUUAAAAGAGGUAUGAAAAUGUAAAGAAAAUGACAUGUAGACACACUUCACUGCAGAUUUCAAUUGAAAGAGCUCAGUCCAAAUCUAUUUGUUCAUAUCACUGAAUGUGGCUUGAUGACAGAUGAGGGUUAUCCACUUUGGAUUUAAUUUUUGCUGCCUCACUGACAAAGAAAACGCGACAAUUUCUCUUGUCACCACACUAAUUCAGAUAUGCACAUUGUACAGAAAUGGAUGUUUUUUAAAUUGAUGCCUAGUUUUUACAUUAAUGUAAUUUAAAAAAAACAAAUCAAGCUGUUUUGAUAUUUAUAUUCUCAGGUGUCUUACAUUUUGAGCAUUGGAGUUUCAAUCUUUCCUGUGCAACACCUCAGUACAAGCAUGUUUUUUCUUUUGUUAUGCUGAUUAAUUUAUUCCAAAAAAUAUCAUUUUGUGUGGUUGAAUUCAUUAUUCUUUUCAUAACAAAUUUUGUGACAUGGAACAGUCCUAUUAAAUGGUUAAAUGCUUCCAUUGUUUGACGUGAAAAUACCAGUGCUUUUUUUAAAGAAUAAAAAUCCUUAAAUUGA